AUGGAGGAAGACGAGGAAUCGCGAUCUCGUAAAUUAGUGAAAGAAUUUUUAGCAAGUUUAAAGAAAAGCGAAAAUUCCCGGAAGAAUAAGGAAAGACGAGAAUCUAAACGAAAGGAAGCUGGAUAUCCAAGCAAACGACCAAAAUGCUUUGUAAAAUUGGACGGUGUUAAGGUGAAAUUGACAAUAAAUAUGAAGAAAGGUAGUGGAUACCAAACAGAGGCUGAAAGCUCUAAUUUUGGUCCACCAGUCACAGUUCCCGAUUUAUCACAAGAUAAUAUUGAUGACUUGGCAGGUUGUGAACUUCCCAUAGAUACACCAAGUGAAUCAAGAGCCUCUUAUCAAACAUCUCAGACUGAGUGGAAAAGUCGCAUGGAAGGUCAAGAUUUGAAGUGGAAGGAGACAAGAGAUUACAUACACGCAUCUGUUAGGUGUCAAACUUGCCGAUACCACCUUUGUCCUACAUGUGACAUAUCUAUUCAUUCCAAGCAAGUAACUCAUCAGCGUAAAUGUGAAGUCAAUAACUGCCUCCAUUUGCUUCAGUGCACUGAAUUCCUGACUAAUGAGGGGAACUUAAUAACUCUGAACAUACCUUUGCCAAUGUUUAUUCCCGAACAAUGUGACAAUUGCUUAGGAAUCAGCUGCAUUCUAGCAGUUGCCGGCAAGAGUAGAACAGCUCUAAUUAACCAUCUUGUGCUUUUGUACAGUUUUUUGCCGUUAAGAAAAGUACUGUUUUCAGAGUUAAGAAGAAAUGCACGCAGAAGAGAAACAACUAAAAAAAGAAAGGAAGCCGUGAAAGCCGAGGGUGAACCCUCGUCAAGACCUCGUUGUUUGGGUGCUUUGCGUUCACCAGAAAAUAGUGAAUCUACAAAAAGGAAGAAAACAGCUAAAUCAUUAGCUACAAAGAAACCUCGCAUGGAUAAUCCUGAUAAUAGUGUUAGUUCUCCUUCUGCAAAUGUGUUUUCAACUGCAUUGGAAAGUGAUAUUACUCAACUUGAUGAUAGGUUUGAUGUUUCCCGUCAAGAAAAGCUUGCACAAAGUGGUGAACAAUUGUUGAAAAUGAUUGUUGAUGUAACAACUAUUUUUAAUGAUAUUCCUUCAAGCUGCUACCCAGAAAAUGAAAACGCAAAGGGUGCUUCUUGGGCAGAAAGAAUGGAAAACAUGGAUUCUUUGUGGGAGGGAGUCAGAGAAUCUGUUUACGACAAUUUCCUUUCAAAGCAGGCUUAUCCAUUGGUAAUUCAGUGUGAUAACUGCUCGCAGUCACUUUCUGGAGGGAGAGCUAUCAGGUGUUUGACAUAAAAACAUUAUUGUGGGGACUGUGAUUUUUCCUUUCAUGCCCAGCAACCAUUUCAUAAUCGAUGGUUAGUUUCCAGCGAUAGUUGGUACUCCUUGAAAACUAUGGAAUUUGUGGAUUCCACUGGGAAACUCGUAGAGAAAGAUGUUCCAGUCCCCUGUUUUAAACCCCAUCAAUGUACUUUGUGUGGUUCACCUGCUGUACACAUUGAAUCAGGAUCUCGUGUGUAAUAAAUUACUUGAAGAGUCAUUUUUUUGUUAUUUCUAUAUAUUUGAAUAAUUUGUAAAAUACAAAUAUUCUUGAAGUGCACAAUACACUAAAUAUCAACCAAUU